AUGCCUUGGCAGAAGCGUGUUGUCUUCUUUCUUUCUUUCCUCCAUUGCCUCUAUAUCUUUCUUCACAUACCUGAUUCUUUAAUACCAUUGGCUAACCACCAGUUCACCGCAGAAGAGUUUUUGGAUAUAUUUUCUUGCUCUUCCAGUCUCACCGAAGAGCAGAGGGCUAUGAUAAAGCGUGGGGGUCUCUGCUCUUUAUUUCAGAUAGGCCAAAAUCACUUCCGUAGGGUUGUUCCGGCCGCCCUUUCCUUCGAUCUGGAUCAAUUUGAACUGAUGAUGGCUCUAUACCGACUAGCGCAGACUGGACCCGCUGUUUCUCAUGGCACUAAAGAUGGUGCUGGCACCACUUUCCACAAACUCAGGGAGAAUCAAAAUCGCACAGCAACCACUGGUAACACCAAACUACGUAGCUUUAACUCUACCACAUAUCGGUGAUGCUGCAAAUGAAAAGUAUGCUACAAAUACUUGAUCUCAGCAACCAUUCACAAAUAGGGCAUGCAGAUACGGCAGCCUGCUGGUUUGCGGAUCAGCAAGCAUGCCCCUAUGGCACUCCCAGAUACCCAUGCCAUAUAUAAGGCAAUGGGCGAAAUGGUGCUUGCUGAGUGUCAGGAAAAAGCAUUGGAUGAGCUCUUCCAUGAUGUUGGUCUAGAGUUUCUGAGAGCAAGGCUUUGCGACAAUGUAGUUGAUAUUACC